UUUUCUUCCACUGAGGCUUUUGUUUGGGGUUCCCCAGAUGAAGAAGCCCUGGCCUGCUGCUGCUGCUGCCGGCUGUCUAUCAAACCUCAGCGUCCGCCCCCUCCUCCUCCUCCUCGCCCCUCCACCGGCGCAGCUGGCCGCCUGGCUGCAGACCCAGCGCUCUGAACUCGCUCACUGCAAUCUGGCUCCCAGCGGCCGCGGAGCUGCACCUUUAACACCGCCGGGCCUCCAGCACGCUUAUGUCGCUCCCCGCCGCACAGCGCCAAUAACACCAGUGCUGGGAUGUCACUCAUGCGGCAGGAUCGACAUGUUCUCCAAAGGCACCAAGCGCAAGUUUUCCGACGAUGGCGAUGAGAUGUUGGACGAAAGCCUGGCCGGUGCCCAGGUGUCAUCAUCCUAUAGUCUGCAGCGACAGUCACUUCUAGACAUGUCCCUUAUCAAGUUGCAGCUGUGCCACAUGCUGGUGGAGCCCAACCUCUGCCGGUCGGUCCUCAUCGCAAACACGGUGCGGCAGAUUCAGGAGGAGAUGACCCACGAUGGCAGCUGGCAGGUGGUAACGGAGGCCUUCUGUGGUGGUAGCCAAAGCCCUUCUGAGCGCCUGGUGGCCACCGAGGUGCUGUGCCGGUCACGGGAGCAGGAUGCAGAGCCAAAACUCUUCUCUGUCCUCAGCUACGAAGGGUGUCGUGAAGAGGAGGUGGUGGCAGACGAAACAUUGUGUUCAGUUUCGGUCAGUGACACCGCCUCCAAUGUUUGUCUGUCAGAGAGUGCGAGGCACUGCUGGGAAAGGGAUGAGCUGGUAGACGCAGACAGGGAUGAUGAGACCUGCGAAAGCUCUAGGCUUGGCCCAGGAGAUGAUGAUGAAGAUGACGAUGAUGAGGACGACGAUGACGAAGAUGAAGAGGUAGAUAUAGAUGAGGAAAGUCCUAGGGACAAUCCAAAGACCAUGGGGCAGGUUUUUGGGACCUUUGAGAUCAAGAACGGUACGCCAGGUCCAGACUCUGCUCUUGAAGAGCUCUUCUCAGACGUGGAUGCCUCCUACUACGACCUUGACACCAUGCUCACGGGUAUUCAGAGCGCUCCUAAGAUGGGUCCCUAUGACCUGCUGGACAGUUUGGCCCCAUCCCAUGGGCCCCCAUCCAUAGGCUCCCCCUCAAGCUGUCGAUCUGAUCUCAAUGAAUUGGACCACAUCAUGGAGAUCAUUGUUGGUUCAUAGACCAAAAUCUGUCCAGAGACUUGUAUACUUCUCUUAAAUAAUACCUGCUUUUCUGCCCCUUAUGGAAAGCAAGUUUAAUCUGCGGUCCUUUCAGGGAAAGGAGUCUGUGUCUUGUAAAGGAUGGCCUUGAUUUUAUGAGCUGACCAUAGUUAUCUUAUUUGCAUACCCUUUGUAUGUUUUUUUUAUGUUUUCUUUCUGUAUUUGUCUGUCCAGACAUGCUGUUUUUUAUUUAUUUCAUACAUUCAUUAACACUACAUGGUUGGAGAGCAGAACAAGGCUUAUACAAAAAUGUAAAAGAUAUUUUCAUAUAGAACUGAAAUUGUCUAAAAUAUGUAUAUAAAUUUCUAUAUAUUUUUUACGAUAGAUACUGCUUGUUAACUGUUACUGUACUCUAUCGGUUUCAUAAAUUGGCAGAUCAGAUAUGUUUUUUUUUUGUGGUCUUCCACUUACUGAAAUGGUUGAAGGUGAAGGACUUUUAUUCAUUUCAGGAUUCAGAAAUGGCAGUAAGGAUACAGUGAUGCAUGACUUUCUGUUGUACUUUAAGGUGCAUUUUUGGCACCCAGCAUUCCCCUUCCCUCCCCUCAGUAUUUCAGCAAUAGGCUGUCGGUCAGCUCAGAUGCAGCUCGUUUUGCUAUUAGAAGUCAAAGUAUUCUUAUAUUUGUCUUAUCAACAAAUGAAGAAUAAUGGGGGCCAGCCCAUUAUAUAUGAUGACUUUUAAUUUAUUCUAUUUAUUUGCUGCAAACUUACGUGUUGAGUGUUGGCUUUGGUCAAACUCAGGGCAGGAGAGAUUUUUCAACUCUUAUCAGACUCCACGAGCCUGAUUCACCCAGACAUUUGGGGUAUGAGUAUCAUGGCUUUUAAUUGGCCAGUUUAUCUGGCAUGCACUAGUCAUUUGUUUAAUUGCCGGUUAACCUUUGACAUCUUCAGAAGGCUUUAAUAAAUCUUGUAACGUGGGCUGUGUUAAGACAUUCA